UGGCUCAGCGACGAGGAGUUCAGCCCUCUCAGCGUGCCGACGCCUGCGCUGGAGGCGCCGCCGCCCGCGAGGGCGGGCGAGGACAGCUGCAGUCAAGAGGAGGACUGGCUGGGCGCUGCUGACGUGCCGCCAGGGCUCGCGGAGGGAGGCUCUAUCGUGGCACUGGAGCCGCGGGACACUGCGCUGCCGUUGGCGGAGCGCCAGGCCGCAGCAGGGCCGCCCUUGGGGCAGCGCGCCGCCGUCGGCCCGACCGACCCCAUUGCCAGCGUGGCGACUGUGAUGAUUCAGCGGGUGUACCCAGACACCUCGCAGCCAGUUGGCUUGGAGAGCGCUUCGCGAUUGUCUUCUCGACUCGGCCUCUUCGCGAGUCGAUUUCGCGAGAAGGUGUAUGCUGUUGGGCACGCCGCGUGGAUGACUGGCCGAAGGCAUGUUGCUGCCAUCGUGCCGAGACUCCUGGCCGUCUGCAAGGCGUCGCGCUGCCCAGAGGCUGCUGGCGGCCCUCGGACGGAUGCUGUCAUUUUCUUCCGCAAGAGGAAAUACGACGGCACGCGCAGCCGAGUGACCACUCAGGUCGCCCAGCAGUAUGACACCGACACCAUCGUCGAGAGAUGUGCUGGCACACGAGAGCUGUUUGUCAUCAAAGCUGGUUUCAACAUGGUGCUGCGCAAGCGUUUCGGGGACAGAGACGACUUCCUCCAUGUCAUUGCCAACACCCCCACGCACAUUGGUGUGCUAGAGUCGCCGACUGCGGAGAUCAUCAAUACGUGUUUGCAUCGGCAGCUGGACCAGGUGUAUGACAGACUGGUGGAUGAGCGGAUCCCUCGGCAAGUGGAUGUCAUCAUGUGCGACGGCGCAGGAAGCAACCUGAAGAACGAGCGCAUGAUGACCGUGCAGCACCCUCUUCGUGCCCAGAUUCUGGUCAUUUGCCGCGCCCACGGUAAAAAGAAGGUCGCCGAGCAGGGCUACGCGGUCCUCCGCCCCACCGACAGCAACAUGAUACGGUGUCAGCUGACUUUGUCCUCCGAACACCUCAUCGCUGUGCGGCACAGCGCCAGGCUCAUCCACGAUGAACAGGUUGUGGUCCGCGUGGGGUGUUGUUCUGCCGAGGCAACGGCUCACAGGGAGGUUGUGUUCGACCUUUACUUUGGCGACACCGCUGACGCUGGUCUCCAGUUCAGAGAGGCUGUGUGCAGGAGGCUCUACAACGGCGACAUUCGGAAAACUGGUGUCAUCGAGCAUUACUGCAACGGGUGUUGCCGCAGUCGAGACCACGCGGUUUUUUUGAUGCGCCGUUACGGCGUGGCUGCGCUGUUUGGGUCUAUGGACGUUCUCAACCGUGCGAACUGGACGAACAAAAUGAAGAGCCAUCGUUGCAUCGGCCUUCCUUCUGCAGUCCACGGGCUUCUCCAGCAGGCUUACUUGCGCGGCGUGCCAGAGCCUCAGCAGGCCAAGCGGCGGCGCCAGCAGGAACCUGAGGCGCGAGCUCAGCCCGACGAGCUGGCUGCCGCUGGCCACGACAGGGGCCCCGAGCCUCCAGGGCUACCCCCAGCUCCUGGGCGCGAGGCCGAUGAUGACGGCGACGGCGCUGAUGAGCUCAGCGCGUUCAGGGAGGAGCAGAACGUCAGGAUCCUCGGCACCAGGGCGUGGAUGCGCAGCGGCAGGUUGGCGGAUGAUGUGUUUAUUGCGUCCCGCAUGGUAGCUCUCACGGACGCAUACCUGCUGAAGCAGUUGGCAACGUCUGGCGUUUCCUUCGAAAGGCUGCAGCAGCUUAAGGUGUCUCGGGGCGAAGCGCGAACAUACCAAGCUUGGCUGGCGUAUGAGGACGCUGACACCAGAUGCCUGCUCAAGGACGCGUAUGCUGCUAUAUUCGAUUCGUCAGCUUGGGCACCUGUGCAAUAUCGUUCUGAAGAGACUGCGUUGACAAUUUAUCGGCUUUUGGCUCGAAUGGGGGCUACAGCGUACCAUCUUGUUUUCAGGAAAAACCGUUCAUGGCCCAUGAAAUUGUUUUACGCUUUGAAGGAUCCUGGUGUUAUCGACGAGCUGCGGCGUACAGAGCCGUGCCUGCUGGAUUCAUACACAGAGAACUUCUUGAACUUCUACAGAGGUGCCGAAGGCUCGGCGACGGCCAUGGCCGAGCUCAAGGGCGCCGUUGUCCUGCUUGACACGGACACGGCCGACGUGGAGCGCCUCCAUUCGGUCAAUCAGCGACACGCUCGUUUCAGGGUUUGGACGCACGUUGAGACUGUUGAGGAGAUGAGCGCGCAUUUUGCAGCUCAUUCGGCUGGGGAUUUGGGACCAGACCCAUCACGUCACGACCGAGGCCGCGCCGCGUGCGAGCCCAGGGCGCCGAGGCCGCGUCACCGGCCUCAGCGCGGGCGGGGCAGCCUGAGGUUCUGGAUGUGGCGAGCGUUUGUGCACGUGAACGGCCGCUGGCUGGAUAAGGAGACGGCCGCCGCGCUGUCGGAUCAGUUCAGGCAGCUGGAUGGCGAGGAGCUGGAGCAUUUCAGGUUGCUCGCUGCGAUCGCCGGGGAUCGGCACCGUGAUGGCGAGCGCGCUUUCGAGAGGAAGCCGCGUGCCAACGCGGUUCCACCUGCCGAUCGCGGCGUGCCUGCGUUGGGCUUUCUGCCGCAUCAACAGUGGCGGCCCCGACAGGACGCUCUCCCAGCAGAGGGCCACCGAGAGCAGUCCGCAUUCGCAGAUGUACCCUCGCCGAUUCUGGAGGCCGCAUUCGCGGCUAGAAAGCGCGUCCUCUUUCUUCGGCGUCAGCGGGCUUCGCGUGAGGACGCCGUUGCUGGAUUGGUGAGCAGAGCGAGCACUGCGAUCAAACAUGAUCGGAGGACAGCGCCUGACGGCACGUUUGCGAUCGUGGAUGCUGCAUUGGCGCCGACUGGAGAUUCUGAUGUUGACGUUGACGCUGGCACUGUUGUGAAGUACCGCAGGCGGCCGCAACUUGUUGCUGACGAUUCGGCCCGCGCUAUCAGCGCGGCUGGGGAUCUGUCUGCAGCGCAGAGGGCUUUGGACUGGGAGGCGAUGCACCAGACGGUGACGGCUGCCAGUUGCCCCCCCUGCCACCCUAGGAUUCCCAUCGUUCGUCGGCGAUGUCAUGAUGCUGAGAUGUGCGUUCACAAGGGCGACGGUUUGGAGUUAGCGAAGUUCGAGGCACACAUCAAGUCUGCUUUUCAGCGGUGGCGCAGUGCUGACCGCAAGCAGACGAGGGCCAUUCUCGUCAAGGGCCACGCGCUCGGCGGACAAGUCAGGGCCGUCGGGGUCGAGGCCGCGGGCGCGGGCCUCGUGGCGGAUCCAGGGGCAGAGGGCGGGCGAGGCAUUCUGCAGACCCAGUCCAGCCUUCGAGCAGAUCGGGACCGCGCGGAGGCAGGGGGCAGCGGAGAGGGCGAGGGCGGCAGCGACGGUGAGGACGGGGACGACUGGAUCCCUGUCGGCGCCGACGGCUUGGAGGCUGCAGUCGAGGGUGCCAUCGACUCUGCGAUCGGCAUCGUCUUCGGUGACGACGAGCCCCCAUUGCCGCCGCCCGCGGGCCAUCCGCCGCCCGCCCUGCCAGCUGCGGUCGGAGAUGGCGCCCCUCCACCGCCUGAACCAGUUGAGCCUGCGCUGGUGCCGAGGGGCGUCGGCAAGCUUCCAGCGGAGCUGAUCUGGCGCUACAAGAGUGGUGUCAUCAGGUAUUACGGCACCACGAAGGUGAUGGUGGCGCACUGCCUCGUGCCGUCGCACAUGGAAGGGCCAGGCUGUUACCUCACGCGGUCGGUGAGGCCCAGUCCUGCCAGCAAGGCAAAGGGCCGUUGCCUUGGCUUGCUCUGCAGUUGGCUGGAGGUCACAGAGGCGACUGGCCUCACGCGCUGGGACCACGUUCACGCCUGGAAACCAUCCUGGGAGGAUCGGCGGCGUGCGAGGCAAGAGGCGAUGGGCCUUGGCAUUGAUCUGGUUGCCGCCUUCGCCUCCAAAGAGCGUGGUGAAAAUGAUGGCGACCGAGGUGGCGAGCCCUUGGGGUUGCCUUGA